AUGUCUCAAUCAAUAUCCAGCCCAAAGGCAGAACAAGUUGUUAGUGUUGAUGUGAGCCAAGCCAAGGCUCUCCUCCAGUCUGGGCAUCAGUAUCUUGAUGUUAGGUACAUAAACGAGAGUCUCCUAGAACGGAUACAAGCAACUAAGAUCGUCAACAUUCCCUACAUGGUCAGCACACCUCAAGGUAGAGAGAAGAAUCAAGAUUUCUUGGAACAAGUCUCUUCUCUUCUCAACCCAGCUGAUGAUAUCCUUGUGGGUUGUCAGAGUGGAGCCAGAUCCUUAAAUGCCACAACUGAACUUCUUGCUGCAGGUUACAAGAAAGUGAGAAACGUGGGAGGUGGCUACUUGGCUUGGGUAAACCAUAGCUUUCCGAUCAACAAGGAAGAGCCAUCUGCAAACUAA